UGUUUAUUCAAGAGAGACGAACCUGAGAAAUGUUCUCAGAGUUAACUACCAAGAACCGGAAGUACCUAAGGAUGACGACUACUUCUUCUGUGAUGAGUGUAGGACUUUCUUCCUCGAAGAGUGCGAGGUCCACGGUCCUAUCGUCUUCGUGGCUGAUCGAUCGCCCCGUUGCUGUCGGAGAGAAAGACAGAGCCAAGAAGACGCUGCCCGCUGGGUUUGAGAUCAGAGAUUCUGGGAUCCCUGGGGCCGGUCUAGGGGUGUUUUACUGUGGAGACGGUGGCCUUCCCAUUGGAACACACUUUGGACCCUACGAAGGACACAGGACGGAUGAAGAGGGAGCCCUGGAGAGUGGAUGCUCCUGGGAGAUCUACUAG